CCAGUGUGUGUGUGUGUGUGUGUGUGUGUCUCUCUCCCUCCUCCCUCGUCCAUCAACCGCUUCCACCAAUCUGUGCAGCGAGAGGACCUCCCCAACCCCUGAACCUGAAUCUACCCGCCCUGCCCGCUUAUAAAUACUGCUUGAAUCACGCCGGCAAGUCUUGGUCGUCAGAAACGCUCAGGGUUGCAGCAGAACAUCCCCCUUCGUCUUAUCCCCUUCAUCGUUUCUCUGUUUUUUAAGAAAAUCUCACGCAUCAUCCAUUUUCAUCCUCACUCUUCCCACUUUUUUUCCGAACUGUAGUUGUUUUUUGCGGCCAGUUGCAUGCAUUUUUCGUCUCCCAAAAUGGUUUGCGAGACUAAAAUUGUUGCGGACGAACACGAUGCUAUACCUGGGACCAAAAAAGAGUCGAUCAUGUGGAGCUCUCCUCCGUCCAGCGCGGCUCUGAAUCCCGCCGAGGCCAAGGAUGUGAGGAAAGAUGCGGUUUUUAUCCGCGAGUUCGAGCUCGGGGAUCAAGAGGAGGUUCGCCGCAUCUUUUACGAGGGUAUUAUGGAGAGGAUACCCAACACGGCGUUUAGGGGGAUCAGGCAGCAGCCCAAGACCCAGUUUUUAUAUGCUUUUCUGACAGUAUUGUGCUUUUUCGUGACCAAAUCCGUCACGCUGACCUGCUGUGCACCCCUCAUUCUCAUGGGUGCGCGCUACUACUACAGCAGGAAAGUUAUCCAGAGUUAUCUGGACUGUGCUCUGCACACGGACAUGGCUGACAUUGAGGCUUAUUACAUGAAACCCACAGGCUCCUGUUUCUGGGUGGCAGUGCUCGACGGACGUGUGGUGGGCAUCGUGGCGGCGCAGGGCCGUGAGGAUGACAACACGGUCGAGCUGCGGCGCAUGUCGGUGGACUCUCGCUACCGCGGCAAAGGCAUCGCAAAGGCACUGGGUCGUCGUGUCCUGGAGUUCGCGGUGCGCAACAACUACGCUGCUGUUGUCCUCGGCACGACGGCUGUCAAGUUGGCCGCCCACAAGCUCUACGAGUCGCUGGGCUUCCGCCGAACGGGCCAGAGCGAGGACUACAGGCUCCCCGGGAUGAGCCGCUCGCCGCUGGAGAGGCUCUUCUUCCAGAUCCGCUACAGUCGCUACCGCCUGCAGCUCCGUGAGGAGUGAGAGGUGACAGGGAGAGGGAGAGAGAGAGAUGGAGAGAGGGGGAGAUGGAGAAAGAGAGGGACAGAGAGAGAGAGAGAGAAAACAACGACCCUCCUUCACCUGAGAGCCCCGACCGCAUCCUCUCCUCUGACAGCUUUUAUUUAUUUUGUGUCAUUAGAGAUAACUUCAAGUACUACUUAACACCUCUACUAUUUCAUCUUUAAAGUCACUAACGUUUUUAUUACUAUUAUGCUUUUGUUGCUGUUGUUUUUGUAUUAUACUUUUACAUUUUAAAAGAGUUUGUUUCUUUUCUUCUAUUUUAUUAAUCUAUUUUUUGUACUUUUACCCCUCCCUUUUCAUUGUGGGAGAAAAAAAAAAAAUUGGCAUUCAUAGAAGACAUCUAACUGGCACGCCGACUAGGCACCCUCCCCGGCCUCUUUGGUUUUGAGCUCAUGUGACUCAAAUCAAUACUCCCCUUCAUUACUAUUCCACAAUGCCCCUCUUUACCCUUCCCCCGUUACCUCAAGCCUUCCCUUCCCUCCCACAUUCUCUUAAUUUCCUCACAACAAAACUCAACAGGCAGGUUUAGACACGUGCGAGUGCAAUGACACAUUUGCAUUCGUUUAUUUGGGGGUGGAUAGAGCGAUGGACAGGGUUGGGAGGGGCAGACAUGACUUCUUUCCAGAGCAAAACACACAAAAAAAAAAAAAGUGUGGAAAGCUUGUGCUGUAGAUUCAGACACUCUCUCAAACUCUGCAAUGUCACAUUUUGUGUAUGCAUUGUGGACACACACGCAAACACACACGCACACACACCAGUUCAUUUGGCUUUUAGCCAGUCCCUCAAGACACCAUAUUGAAGCACAGCGAGAGUGUGUUACUGACCCCCAGUGAGAGAGAAGGAUGACAGGAUGGUUGCCGGAAUAUGCAGUGUGUAUCCUGCAUCCGAAAUGGACAUGAAUCAACACAAUGCAUCUUCCUCACACAUGCCUCCUCUUCAUUCUCCUCACUAAUUAUACGAUUGGAUCUCUCCUUCCUCUCUAUUUUUUUCUCUCUAGAUGUACCAUCAGUUAAUCACUCCUUUUCUCUGCUGGAGCUGUGGAGAGGGUUUUCUGAUUGGUUGAGGUGACAGGAGGGUGGCGCCUUCUCGCUGCAGUGUCCCUCUGACAGAACCCAAGAUACAAUAUAGCUGCAUGUCAGAGCUUGUGUAUGUAUGUGCGAUUGUUGGGAGUAUGUUACUGUGUGUGUGUGUGUAUGUGUGUGUGUGUGUGUGUGUGUGUGUGUGUGUGUGUGUGUGUGUGUUUGAUGAGGCUGUGGUCAGACAUUAGACCACGCCUCAUCACUGUAUGAUGAACAAUUAAGCUAUUUUGAUUUUGCGUGAACAGAUACGCAACUUUCUUGCUGAGUCAAGUAUUAUCUAACUAAACAUUACUACUUUCUAUGUGUACUUAUAAACUGUUUACUGAUUGAAUCUAGAUAAAUUCUAACAUUUUGAAUAUGUUUACUAUUUGACUGAUAAUUAGUAAUUUUAUAACUUUAAACACAUAUUACCACAUUGUAAUAUGCAAAUUUUCAAAACUACGACAAUUACAAAGUAGCUGCAGUCUAAGCUCCACGUACUUAAUCCAGGUUAUUGGGGAACAACUUGGGUAAGACAUGACUACUGGAAAUACUUGCAAUCCUACAGUACAUAACUGAGCACAAAUAGCAAAUAAUUAUUUAAAACAAUAUACUGGCAUUAGUAUUACCCCUCCCCCUGUUUAUUUAUAUUGUGUAUACAGUUGAAAACUCAUGUAGCGAACUAAAAGUCAAAGUUUCUCCCAUAACACCUCUCUCCAUCUCCAUCCUCUGAACAUACAACCAGCAGUAGAUUCAGCCAUCCACUACUCUGAGCCUAAAUUGUGUCAUUAAACCAUUUGUAAAAAGCAAAAUAUAAAUCAAAAUACAACAAAAAAAAAAUCACAUAAGGAGAAAAAAGAGAAAAAAAAACUGAAUACAAACGUAAUCGUCAUGAAGUUAGCACUGACCCUCCUUGCCUUGCCACCCUUUCCCUUCAAACUCUCCCCCCCCCCCCAUUCAUGAAUCUGUCUGCAACCCUGGGCUAGACCCCACACCUUCCAUUUGAACCUUGCACACCCUCCACCGACCUUUGACCCUCGCUGUCCCAGUCCCGACCCAUUCACCCCCCCCCCCGCCCAUCUCUGCAUGCGCCACAGAGCCUUGCUGCACUGCUUUUAUUAUUCCAUUUGAAGCUUGUUGGACCAACCCUUAACCCCGCCCCUACUCUGAUGUCAUCUAGGCAGUGUGACGUUGCCUCUGCAACUACAGUGCCAGGAUGAAAGGGACAUGUAUGGUUAUACGAGUAUGGAUGUGACGCAUAAGACACAGGAAAGUGAGACAAAAUGUGUGUGUGCGCGUGUUUAAAGUCGGUGCAGACAUAGGAUACACUCACCAACUGCAGCGCUGCCUGGAUGACAUCGUGCCUGCCAGCCAACCAACCGUAGAAUGCAAAAAGCAAUGCAAGUGUGGCAUGCCUCUGUACCCAGUGUGUGUACGGUGCCUGCCCUGGAAAAGUGUAGAAAAAAGAAUUAACUGAUAUAUAUAUAUAUAUAUACAUACAAUAUAUAUAAAUAUAACUAUAUAUAAAAAGAAAAUAAGCUUCUUUUUUAGAUGAACAUAAAAGAAAUGUGUGUUUCUUUGUUUGGAAAAAAGAAAAAUUGUACCAUUUGCAUGAAAUGUGUCUUUGAAUGCAAAUAUAACCUUUAGGGGAGAAACUCCUAGCACAUGGCAUACAGUGGAAUCACAGACUUCUAUAAUGGUUUAUUUUAUUUUAAAUUACCUUAAUUCUCUGUAAUCAACACCAGGUUGUGAAAUCAAUACCAGCCACUAGCCAGUGCUCAUAAAUCUUUGGGAGGGAGCCAGCUAUCGUAUAUAAAUUGUAUCCCAUUUUAAAAAUCCUUGAUAAAUUUGAAAACAGCUAUAUUUAUUUGUCUGCAGAUUUAUCCGUCACUGGCUGGAGGAGAAAAGUUAGUUUUCUUCCUUGAUCACAGUGGGAGUGAGGGCAUCACAACUCUUCUUCUGUUAAACCAGCUUGUAGCGAAGUUCCCAAACACUUUGCAGGACUAAGAUAGGCUGAGCGAUGGGCAUUUGACGAAUGAUGCAAAAGAAAACAUGUAUUUCCAUGCGGUACAUAGUGCAAAAGCUUGUGGUUGAUUAUGAGCACCAAGUGAAAUAUCUUUCAUCUACCAAGCCCUUUACCAAGUCUAUCAUAUGCAGAUAAAGGAAGCACAGAAACUGAAGGUCAAAUGUUUAGACUCUGCUCCAGGUGUCACAGGUAGUAGAGCUGUAUUUCCUGUCAGAACCACAAACUGAACCUCUAUUGGUCGGCUAAAUGUCUAGAAAUAUAAAGUGCAUGCCUGUUUUCUUUUGCAUCUAACUUUUAUUAUACUUAUCACAAUAUUUUUUUAAUUAGGGAUGUACAACAGUACCUAAUCUCCACAAUGGACAAAAGCUGCUGAGAUGUCUAUGUAUGUCAGGUCUCAUGGUACUAAGGUUUCUUCCCCCUUCCCUCACUUUGUUUAAUCCAUGUGAAAUGAGAGAAGAGGCUUAGCUACUGACAAGUUCUUUGUCUUUUAAUUUUAGUCAACUUGAGAUUUCCCUGAGGUUCUACAAAGUAAGCGCAAGGCACAAAUGCACUGAAAGCAUCAAACAGUAUUGUUUAAAAAAAAAAAGAAAAGAAAAAAAAAAUGCAUCAGUUGUUUUCAUUGGGCCAACAUAUGGAGGAUGCCUCACACCACCUUGAUGCAUCUGCUUUGAACUUGGUUGUUGCUGGAGAGAGAGAGAGAGAGAGAGAGAGAGAGAGAGAGAGAGAGAAGAGGACCAGACUGUAUUUUGUGAUAUUUCUGGAGCAACAGCUACCACUGAUCUUCAUACAGUACUUCCAAACUUCCCACUAAAACUAAGCAAGAAAUUAGCUAACAGGCCACAACAGCCAAACUACAGUAUCAACACUACACCAAAUGUUUCUCCGGCUUGUCUCCAAAUAUAAGAAUCAGACUAUAAACUACCUAUUUCACCUAAAGUAAAAAUCUUGAUACCACAGUUUUUAAGCCGUGGGUGAGGUCUGAAGGUUGAGAGUGAGAGGUGGGCUUUGCUGAAGUGGAUUGUACAAUAAACUGUAGUCUGGAUCUCGUUGAAGAAUGUGAAGUCUGUCAAUUCUGAGCCAUUUCUGCUGCUGCCAAUCUCAGUUUUUUGCCUGAUGAAAUUUAAAAUGCUCCUUCAUGUAUUUUGGGAGAAAUUCUUAUCCAUAUUGGUACUCUGAACAAAAGGUCAUACUCAAAACGCCUUUGCCAAGGCCUUAUGCACAGGAAUCAAACAAGUUUCAAACAUCUUGUGGACUGCAUGGCUUUAGGUAGUUAAAGGGGGAUUUUGAAUUGUAAAGAUGAAGUGCACUGACUAUAAUGCAUUUAUGUUUUGUACUUCAUGUGAAUGCUAUGCUACACCCUGUGAAGUCUCACCUCCCAUUUAAAACUGGUAUUGCAUACCUAAUGUUAGAAUGUAGUAAUUAAACUGUAUGCAACUUCUACCAGAGUGUAAAUUUAGUUACAACCCAUCCCUCUGAAAUGUUCUGCUGAUGUACAAUCCAAAAACAAUCUCACACUUCUUCUGUUUGGUUUUCUGUGAUUUGUUUGAGUGCGAGUGUGCUUUCCUAUUGGUUGAGGUUUGAGAAGGUAUGCUGCAUCAAGGCCUCUCCAGCUGGAGAUGGUUCUUUUAGAUUAGAGUGCUUUAGAACCCAAAAAUGAUCAUCUGAUGCUCUCGCUCUGACGACAGACAGAGGCACAAGCUGAGGCUACUGAAGCUUCAACUUCUGCAGUUUUUUUAAACCCUAAAACACGGGGGGGGCCACGUUCCAUUCUGGAUGUUAAAAUGGUAAAAAAUAUCAAUACUUGUCAUGAUCAAUAUUUUAUUCCGUUUCUCUUUUGGUGAAGGAGCAUAGAAUUCGAAACUGCACAAAUGUACAGAUCCUGUGGGUGUGUUGUACUACUCUGAUGGUGUGUGUCAAUGCUCAACAAGCCUUGGGGGCGAACACUCACAGGCAUGAAUGUAAACUGCCAACAUUUAAGGUCAUAGAAAGAUUUUUAUGUUUUGAAUCUUUUCUGGUUGCUUUUUUUUACUUUAUGAAUGAGAAGAACAGUGGAAAAAGGGGUGAAAAGCAGCUAUUGGUUCUUUCAUCAAGUGAUUAAACCACUACAUUAGAUGUUAGACAUUUUGUGUGAUUGUAAAUAGCCGUAUCUCUACUAUUGCUAAUGUAUUAUUUACUGCAACCCGUCAUCUUUGCUGGUUUUAUCCAAUCCCAAUGGAGUUAAUUUUUGUCUCAGAAGAUGGCUGUCGCCUGGAAUGUUCCACCUAAGGAGGAGGGCGAGGGGUGAGGGAGGAAUGUACCAGUUACAAAGGGGAGGGGUGUGUGGUGGGGGCUGAAGGAGGAGGUCUGCAGCAUCAGAACUCCACAGCAUGGACUCCCUCUCUCUCUCUACCUCUGGUGAGGAUUUUGCUCCACUGUGGCAAAUAUGGAAGGACUCACUCUGGACUGAGGCCACAGGUGCCAAGAACACAUAAGCACUUGUAGCACAACUGUGUCUUGUUUUGCUAUUACAGUACAGGUAGUUUUGAUUUUUUUUUUUUUAUAUUUCCUAUGAAGAGUAUGGAUAAAGUUUCUCUUUCUCCUGUAUUAUUGACUGUAUGUAUCUUUAGCAUAUAUACAAGACAUGAUACCAUAAUAUAUAAUUCAUGCUAUGACCCACGGCUAUUUUUGGAGGUGUUAAUUUGCCAAAGGUGACAGUAACUGCUGCAUUUUUAUUCCUCAUGUGGUUAUAUUUUGUUCAACACAACCCUAUACUUAUUUGGUAUUAUUUGGAAAAGAAAAUCCUGCCCAGGUGCCAUCUAAUCAAGCAAUAAACAAACAGACAAAACAACAAAAUAAUGACACUCAUGUACAAGGAUUUUAUUAAAAAACAUGAAAUGCUGCAUUGAUGUUAUAUCCCUUAUACUGUACCAAUUAGUGGCAGUGAUGCCGUCACAGUAUUGGCAUUGCACCGUUACCACUCAUUACAUCGAAGCCUGAAGGGGUGUUUGAUUGUAUAAUGUUUCUGUUUUUUGUAUUUUUCUUUACAAAGAGGUGUCAAAGAAGUGUUUUUUAAAACUCAAAGUUGAAGUACACAGGUGUACCUCUGCAUAUUUGUACAGAUGUCAAUAGAGAAAUGGGGGAAAUGACAAGAGGGGGAUAAUGGACGCUAAAGAAUGAGCAGCUCAAGCAGACAGGAAAAAAAAAGAUGGCGUAGCCACACUCUGAAAGUGCUAUCUGCUGUAAGUCUCCAAACUGAUCUUUGAAUUAAACACAAAGACUUCCGAUUAACUUGUACCACUGACACAUGCACUGCAAUUUCACUUGUCAGUACGACUGAAAAUAAUCAAUUAAAAACAUGCUGCAGCUGCCAGAAUCACAACAGUCAAACAUGUUGACUUUUCUUACAAGUGAGAUUCAAAGUCUUUUUUUGAAUCUGCAAGUUAGUAACUGUAAAGUUGUAAAGUAUAUUUUACUGUAAAUAGCAUCUGGGGGUCAUUUUUACUCCUUUUGUAACAGAAACUGUGGAUUUAAAAUAUAUAAGAUAUAUUUUAAAGAUAUUUACAGCACUAAUAAAGAGAUUCUACAGUAGUGCAGGUGUCUUAAUCUGUACUACCUCACAAUAAUCCCAUGAAGACUAAUGGCAGCCACCUUCAGGGUCUACAGUGCACGCCAUCUUAGCCCUGGUGUUUCUGUCCCACACUGAUGGGUUCAGACACAGCCUUCCUUGUCCUGCCUGUCUGCUUGAACUCUCAAGUCGUCAGAGAGAGCCUUAAACACACUGCAACUGCAGCAGCUCGCUUAGCUUAUGGCACAUACCAGUCAUGGCCAUGAAUAUCAGUGACACUGGACUGAGCUAUCCAGCUAUAGCAAGCUGCUGCGAUGCAAGAGGCUCUCUCUGCCCUGGAGCCCUGUCAUGGCUGUUGUCUGUUGCCAGGAAACCAACCCGCACAAAGCACAGCAGGGGAUUGAUAUGCAGCCACACUGUGGGGAGGCAGGCAGGUCAACCAGCCGGCCAUGAUAGAGGAAUGGAAGGAGGGAUUGAUGGAUACAUGGAUGAGAUGGAUGGAUCUAGGGGGGAAGGGAGUUAAACUGCAACUGAGGGAACUCUGUAAUUGGGGGGUAGGGGACCUGUAGGGGAAGGAGGGGUGAUUUGGCUGGGGUGAGGAAUUUGAGAAAAAAGGCCCUUCGGCACGUAAAGUGGAGCAAUGAGUAAAUAGUGCCUGAGGCCCAACGGGUUAGAGAGGUUACAGGAAGAGAUGAGGAUCAAAAAGAAGAAAAAGCUGAGUCAAAAUUAUAAAGAGGGACGAUGUGGUCCGAGAUUCUCAUACGCGGUACUGAGGAGAAGCAAUGUUGUGGUGAUAUGGCAGAUUUUGUGAUUCCCAGGGAGACAGGGCUUGAGAUGAAGAAGCAGGUCAGAGAGAGGCAGUAACACAGUGUAGGUGGUGGUUCAACCAGUCUGCCCCGACCUCAGUGAGACUGCAGUGACAACCUGGUUUUUAGUGGGGUCUAUUAGCUUUCAGUUCCCUUUCUGCCAUUCCUUUGGAAGACUGCUGUAUUACCACACUGGGAUUACUAUUAUUAUUGUGAUUAACGCUUUCUUUUAUACUGACAACAACUGGAACACUGUAUAGAUGUAAAGAUGGGAUUUCUUGCAUUAUGACGAUGAUUGAAACAUGGAUGUACAUAUAUUGUAUCAAUUAAAAAUGACGAUGCAUUAAGCUUUUA